AUGAUUUUCACCGUUCCUGAUCAGAAGUUCGAAAAGAAGUGGUUUGAAGUGAUAUCAGAAGCUGAUGCUCCGGUUCAGAUUGAGCGCGACUCGGGUCGGCUGUACUUGGCGCAGAGACUGAAGUCCAUGACCGAGGUGGUGGUUAAAAUUCAGAACAUGAGAGGUGACGAGUGGUAUCUGUGUCGGCUGACCCUCACGCUGCCCAGCCUGAGUGACCUGCAGUGGGCCAUGUUCCCGUUCCCGUACCUGACCUCGGUGGGGCCCGACGCCGGCCCCGGCACCCUGGUGUAUCGACUCAGCGCCCGGCGAGGGGACGGCUCUCAGGCCACCGCGCAGUUCCUGUUGGUGGAAGGUGGGGACGACUGCUUCGAGGUGGACAGGACCUCCGGGGAGGUGAGGACCACGGGCCGGCCGCUGAGCCCCAGCAAGGAGUACGUCCUCUGGGUGCAGCUCUUGGACCCCCAGGGCAGGAGGGGGCCCCAGGGGUCGGUGUCCAUUUUGGCCGGCUACCGCCCCCCUCAGUUCACCAACGGCUCCUACACGGUGUACGCCCCCGAGAGCACCGCCGUCGGCCAGACCGUUGCCAUGGUGCAGGCGGUGUCCUUCCAGCAGAAGAGCCUGUCCUACAUGUUGCUGGUGAACCCCGGCAACCUGUUCAGCAUCCACCAGGAGAGCGGCGCCCUCAGCCUGACCCGCAGCGUGGACUACGAGAGCGGCCAGCACCUGCACCACCUGCAAGUGCACGCGGCCGAGCCUGACACCGGCCUCAGCAGCGUGACCGAGGUGGUGGUCCACAUUACGGAUGAGAACGACUGCACGCCGGAGUUCCUGCACUCCAUCUACAGCCGAGACAACAUCCCAGAGUCCAUCCCGCCCGGGACCUCCCUCCUCCAAGUGCUGGCUCGGGACUGCGACACGGGCCUGAAUGCUGAGAUCUCCUACUUCAUCCAGAGCUCGGACUUCGACAUCAGCUCCCAGGGCGUGGUGUGCCCGGCCCGGCCGCUGGACUACGAGCGGCCCAAUCACAUGUACGAGUUCCUGGCGGUGGCCGUGGACAAGGGCACGCCCCCACGCACGGGCACCGCGUCCAUCCGCGUCCGCAUGGCCAACGUCAACGACGAGGGCCCGUCUUCUCACAGGCCGUGCAUCAUCAAGCUGCGCCGCAGCCCGCCCCCCACGCUCCGUGGGCCCCAGUACAUCCUCAACGUCACGGCGACCGACGACAACAGCGCCGGCGGGCCCCUCCCUCUCAGUAGCUCCGCCCAGGUCAUCGUGGGCAUCAACGACAUCAACAACAACAAACCCGUCUUCGACGAGAAUACCUCCCCCCCACCCCAGUGUCAGAACUACAGUGUGAGCACGUGGGUCUUGGAGAACCAGCCCCCGGGGACGUUCGUGCUGCGCGUGCACGCCCACGACGCGGACAUCGGCCUCAACGGAGACGUGAAGUACGGCAUCAUGCAGCGCGACGGAGCCUCGGCGGGAUUCGUCAUUGACCCCGACACAGGUGUGAUCAGCACAUCCGUGACCUUUGACCGGGAGCGCCAGCGGGAGUACAGUCUGUCGGUCACGGCGACUGACCAGGCUGAGGAGCCUCUUAUCGGCAUCUGCCAGAUCACCAUCGUCAUCGCAGACCAGAACGACAACGAUCCCAAAUUUGAGAACAGCCGCUACCAAUACUUCCUGCGCGAGGAUACACCGGUUGGCACCAGCUUCCUGCGGGCGGCUGCCCAUGACGAUGACCAGGGCACCAACGCCGCCAUUACCUACUCGCUGUCCAGCCAGCAGCCGGCCUACCUGCAGAUCAACCCCACCACCGGCUGGGUCUACGUCAACCACCCCAUCUCACAGACGUCGCGGAUCACCCAAAAGAUCGUCGCCACAGACGGAGGCAACCGGAGCAGCGGGGUGGACCUGAGUGUGACCAUCACCAACGUCCACAACCAGCCUCCCCAGUGGGAGCAGCCCGAGUACUGGGUGACCAUCCCUGAGAACACAGUCAGGGACUCCAAGAUAGUGACCAUCAAGGCCACGUCCCCUCUCGGGGACCCCAGGGUGACCUACAACCUGGAGGAGGGCCAGGUGCCCGAGACCAACAUGCCGGUGCGCUUCUACCUGAAGCCCAACCGCGGCGACGGCUCGGCGUCCAUCCUGGUGGCCGAGCCGCUGGACUUCGAGAGCACGCGCUUCUUCACCCUGCGCGUGCGCGCCCAGAACGUGGCGGCGGUGCCCCUGGCGUCCUUCGCCACCGUCUACGUCAACCUCACAGAUGUGAAUGACAACGUGCCUUUCUUCAUGUCCUCCACGUACGAGGCCACGGUGCCGGAGGGGGCUGAGAUCGGGACGUCCGUCGCCCAGGUGUCCGCCUCGGACCUGGACUCUGGGCUGCACGGCCAGGUGAACUAUGUCAUCCUGAAGGACCAGAGCGGUGACUCGCAGUACUUCAGCAUUAACUCCUACACGGGCGUGAUCCACACCCGCGCCACCUUUGACCGCGAGCAGAAGGGCUCCUACCUCAUCGAGGUGCAGUCGCAGGACGGCUCCGAGUCAGCCCGGCCUGGGCAGCACGGACAGCCCAACACAGACACGGCCUACGUGAGGGUGUUUGUGACGGACGUGAACGACAACGCGCCGUCCUUCUCCCGGUCCGUGUACGAGAUCAGCGUGGAGGAGGACAAGGAGGUGGGCUUCAUCGUCAUGACGGUCACCGCCAACGACGAAGACGAAGGUGCCAAUGCUAAGCUGCGCUACCAGCUGACGGCGGGCAACACCAUGGGCACGUUCGACGUGGAGCCCGAGGUGGGCACGCUCUACAUCGCCCAGAAGCUGGACUACGAGCGCGUCCAGCGCUACGAGCUGCGACUGGUGGCGUCCGACGGCAAGUGGGAGAACCAGACCACGGUGGUGGUGAACGUCAUCAACCAGAACGACGAGGUGCCCGUGUUCGACCACACCGAGUACUACGCCAGCGUUACCGAGGAGCUCACCGACCUGCCCAUCCUCGCCCUGCAGGUUUCCGCUACUGAUCCAGAUCAGGAGGCCGACCAGAGUGCCCUGCGGUACUCUCUGCAUGGGCAGGGAGCUGGUAGCGAGUUCACCAUCGAAGAGCUAACGGGCCGAAUCUACGUGCAGAAGCGCCUGGACCGUGAGGAACGGUCCGCAUGGCGCUUCUUGGUCCUGGCAACGGACGAAAACGGCGCGGGGCUCACGGGCUUCGCCGACGUCCUCCUGGAGGUGCGCGACAUCAACGACAACGCCCCCGCCUUCCUGUGCUCGUCGGACAGCUGCUUCGUCGGGAGCGUGCCCGAGAACUCGCCGGCGGACACGUCCAUCAUGGAGAUGCGCGCCACCGACCUGGACGACCCGAAGGCGGGGAAGAACGCGGUGCUCAGCUACCGCAUCGUGCAGAACGUGCGCAACGAGAUCAACCUCAACCUGUUCUCCAUCAACCCGUCCACGGGCACUAUCUACACGGUGCUGCGGUCGCUGGACCGAGAGGUGGAGGACCGCUACCUGGUGGUGGUGGAGGCGGUGGACGGAGGCGGUCUCUCGGGAACGGGCACGGCCACCAUCCUGGUGUCGGACGUCAACGACCACGCGCCGGCGUUCACGCAGCAGCUGUAUGUGGCGUCCAUCCCGGAGGAGCUGGAGGUCAACAGCGAGGUGCUGGUGGUGGCGGCGACCGACGGCGACGAGGGCGAGAACGCGGCGGUCACCUUCAGCAUCGUGGGCGGCGACGAGGAGCGCAAGUUCUUCGUGGAGACGGACAAGGCCAACCGGCGCGGCGUCCUGCGGCUGCAGAAGAAGAUCGACUUCGAGAAGCCGCACGAGCGCACCUUCAACCUCACGCUCAAGGUGGAGGACGCCGACUUCUUCAGCGUGGCCCACUGUGUCAUCCAGGUGGAGGACUCCAACGACCACGCGCCCGUCUUCUUCCCGCAGUUCUACGACGCCGGCGCCAUGUUCGAAGACGUCCCCGCCGGAACCAUCGUGGCCCAGGUGACCGCGAUGGACCUGGACUCGAGCCAGAACGGGAAGUUCUCGUACGGCAUCGCCCCGGAGUCUGACCCCUACCAGCAGUUUGUGGUGGACAAGAGCGGCUGGGUCGUCGUAGCGGACACUCUAGACCGUGAGAAGGUCUCUCAGCAUCGGCUUAUGAUCUUGGCCACCGACAUGGGCAGCCCCGCCCUCACCGGGACCGCCAUCGUCAUGGUGACCGUGCAGGACGUCAACGACAACGGCCCAGAGUUCGAGGCGCCGUACCGACCGGUGAUCUGGGAGAACUCCGCCACCCCGCAGAACGUCCGCAUGAACGACACGUCGCUCCUGCUCCACGCCGUCGACCGCGACUCGUCGCCCAACGGCGGGCCCUUCUCCAUCCGGCUGCUCAUGCUCACCGAGGACGCCACCAGCUUCAACCUCACCGACCUGCGCAACGGCAGCGCCCUCCUGACCGCCCUGCGCACCUUUGACCGCGAGCAGCAGAAGCAGUACCUGCUGCCCGUCCUCAUGAUCGACAGCGGCUCGCCGCCCAUGAGCUCCACCUCCACGCUGACCGUCGUCAUCGGCGACAGGAACGACCACCCGCACGUGGCGGGCCACACCGAAUUCAUCGUGUACAGCUACGAGGGUUCACUUCCCACCACAGUACUUGGACAAGUUCAAUCCCCUGACCUUGACGACUGGAGUGAAAAGGUGUACCAGUUUGAAGGCAAACCCCCCAGGUCGUUCAGUCUGAACCGCAACACUGGUCAGCUGAGCAUCAGGGAGGGCACGCCGCCCGGCGCCUACAGCCUGCAGGUGCGGGUCAGCGACAAGACCUGGCCCGACGUGACCUCCUCCGCAGAGGUCACCGUCCUGGACCUGAAGGACGACGCCGUGAGGAACGCAGGCUCCCUGAAGCUGUCCAACCUGACGGUGGAGGAGUUCUUCCGGGUCGGCCGGGGUCAGGAGAGCUGCUACACGCGUCUGCGUCGCCUGCUGGCUGAGGUGCUGCAGACGGAGGCCGAGUGUGUGUACGUCUUCAGCGUCGCCAACGGCAGCAGCAGCCACGACAACCUGCAGCAGCUCAACGUCUGGUUCGCCGCCCACGGCUCGCCGUACUACAAGACCGAGAAGCUCCACGGAUACGUGGCGACGCACAAGGUCAAGCUGGAGUCGGCGCUGGGCGUGGGCAUCUCCCAGGUGGGGGUGGACGAGUGCGCGUACACCGACUGCGGCCCGACGGGCGGCUGCUCCAGCCGGGUGACGUUCAGCGAGACGCCGCGCGUGCUCAGCUACGGCAACACCUCCCUGGUGUCCAUCUCGGCCACCGCCACGGCCCAGUGCGGCUGCCAGGCCCGCGAGAGCCUGCACCUCGCCUGCGCCUCCUACCCCCACAACCCCUGCCUCAACGGGGGCUCCUGCAUCGACAGCGAGCUGGGCUACAGGUGUAAGUGCCCCCCCAUGUUUGACGGGCCGGAGUGUCAGCAGACCAAGCACAGUUUCCAUGGCCACGGCUACGCCUGGUUCCCUCCCAUCAGGCCCUGCUUCCAGAGCCACAUCGCGCUGGAGUUCAUCACCGAGGCGCCCAACGGCCUGCUCCUCUACAACGGCCCGCUGGCCGCACCUCAAGCGGGCGACUUCGAGGACUUCAUCGCACUCGAACUGAAGAACGGCGUCCCGUCCCUGAGUGUGAACCACGGCUCCGGAACGCUGACGCUCCAGCUCCCACCCAGGGCCACCGUCACGGACCGCCGCUGGCAUCGCCUGGACAUCGUCAGCGACGGGAAGACGGUGCAGCUGAUCCUGGACCACUGCGCUGGGGCUGCAGUGAACGAGGUGGAGGGUCUGGGGGUGGAGAUGCUGGAGAUGGACCAGUCGGCCUGCAAGACCUCCGCAGAAACCCCCGGCAGCCAGAGGUUCCUGAACGUGAACCAGCCCCUGCAGGUGGGCGGAGUGAAGGAGACUCAUCCCCACCGCCGCACACACCCCCACUACAAGGGCUUUGUGGGAUGUAUGAGGAACCUGGUCGUAGACAGUCAGGUGUAUGACCUGGGUAACCCAGCGGAGAGCGUGAACAGCACCCCGGGGUGCACCCUGACGGACGGGGUGUGUCUGACCACGGGGGGGCCCUCGUGUGGCGUCCACGGGAAGUGCCUGGGCGAGUGGGGCUCCUUCAGCUGUGACUGCCACCCCGGAUACAGUGGACACAAGUGUGAGAAAGUGUUGCCGGACUGGUCGUUUGAGCCGGGCAGCGUGCUGCGGUACCAGCUGCGUGGGGGGGGCAGCCCCCGCUGGACCCACGCCCAGCUCCUGCUGCGCACCCGCGCCACCUCGGGCAGCCUGCUCAGCAUGACCUCGCGCGACGCCAACGAGUACAUCAUCCUGGAGAUAGCAGAUGGACACUUGAGCGUCCGGGCCAACCUCGGCGACGGCGCCCACUCCCUGCGCCUGAUUGGUCAGCGCGUGGACGCCGGCCAAUGGGUGCUGGUCAGCCUGCUUCGCCACGACAACCUGUUCACGCUGCGGCUGGAGCGGGGCGGCGGGUCCCGGGAGGUGACCGGCGUGCUCGGACAGCGCCGGGAGAUCGUGGUGCAUCCGUCCAGCGUGCUGCUAGGCAACGCCGGCGCCCACGGCACGCGCGCGGACUUCCAGGGUUGCAUGCGUGACGUGCGUCUGAACGGGCACGCGCUGCCGCUGGAUGGCCAGAGCACGGAGUUCAGCACGGUGCUGGAGCGCCGCGGGGUGGCGGCCGGAUGCCACUCAGACGCCUGCAGCGCCAAGCCCUGCCCCAGCCCCCUCUACUGCCUAGACCUGUGGAGGAAGCACGAGUGCAAACACAAGCCCUGCCCCAGCCCCCUCUACUGCCUAGACCUGUGGAGGAAGCACGAGUGCAAGUGUCCGUCGGGUCAGGUGCUGGUGCUGGACGACUCGUCCGGCCUGCAGCGCUGCGUUCCGUCCCCGUGCCGCGCCGCCACCUGCCGUAACGGCGGCACCUGCGUGGCCCAGUCGCCCAAGAGCUACCAGUGCCGCUGCGCCGAGGGCUUCCGCGGCCAGUGGUGCGAGACGGGCCGCGCCAAAGCCCUGCGGCUGGCAGCCCUCAGCCCCAGCUCCAUCCUCGCCAUCAGCAUGUGCCUGCUCGUCUUCUUCGCCGUCCUGGUCGCUGUGACCGUCUGGAACCAGAAGGGCAGCCGCAAUAAGUUCCGCAAGCGCGGUGUUUACCACAUCCCUGCCGAGCACGAGAGCUGGGAAGACAUCCGGGAAAACAUCCUCAACUACAACGAGGAGGGAGGAGGGGAGCAGGACCAGAACGCCUACGACAUCACGGAGCUGAAGCGGCCGCUGUGCUCCAGCCUGUCCCAGUCGUCCUCCUGCACCACGGCGCCCCUCAUCAAGUCCUCGCAGGGCUCCCAGGAGGAGGUGCACCCCUCGCAGGGCUCGGUGGUCAGCUCGGCGGGGGGGCUCUGCCCGCAACCCUCCUACGCCUCCCACGUGGCGGCCGCCGCCUCCGUGGGGCACCCCCUCCCCCACCACCCCCACCACCCCCACCCGCACCACCACUGCCCCAUGGACUUCAAGAGCUACGUGGCGCGCAUCAUCUGGGAGGCGGACAACGACAGCCUGGCCCUGCCGCUGGACACGUACCGCGUCUACUGCAUCGAGGGCGAGGGCGCGUCCAGCGUGGGCAGCCUCAGCUCGCUGGGCUCGGCCCUCGCCGACAACGCCAACGCCAACGCCGCGGCGGUGGGCGGCGCGGACGCCAGCGCCGAGUUCAGCUACGAGAGCCUGCGCCACUGGGGGCCCAAGUUCGAGGGCCUGAGCGAGCUGUACCGCCGGCCCGAGCUGGCGCCGCCCUACCGGGAGGCGUCCGUGCGGAGCCCCACCCCGACCCAGGGCCUCCUCCUCCGCCAGCAGGCCCACAGCCUGCAGCCCGCGCCACAGCAGCAGCAGCAGCAUCAGCUAUAA